AGCACGAUUCUGGUCGGCUCGGCUCAUUGGGGCGUCCGUACAUACUUAUUCUUAACCUUUCUCCAACAUUGCUCUGUCAAUCUCAAUUCGCUCCCCGUGAAUGUUCUACUCAGAGCAGCGGAAAUGAUCCGGUCCCUCUUGACGCUCGGCCUGUAUGGGGUCGUGCAACACGCAUUGGGUAAGAACGUGUACCUGGAUUGGAAUAUAACGUGGGUCAUUGCUGCGCCUGAUGGUUAUGCGCGGCCGGUGAUCGGCAUCAACGGACAAUGGCCGUGUCCUCAAAUCGAUGCCGAUGUUGGUGACAACCUCAUUGUCGAUGUGUACAAUGGCCUCGGCAACCAGUCCACGGGGAUCCAUUGGCAUGGCCUCCAUCAGAACUAUAACGGGUACAUGGAUGGGGUUCCCGGUGUCACUCAGUGCGAGCUCCAACCCCAUCAGCGAAUGCGCUAUAUUGUUCCGAUGAAUCAAACUGGAACCUAUUGGUACCAUUCCCACGAGCCAGGCCAGUAUCCUGAUGGACUGCGCGGUCCUAUCAUUGUGCACGACACCGUUCCUGCGCCAUUCCACUAUGACGAGGAAAUGACUCUUACAUUAUCCGACUGGUAUCAUGUGCAGAUGCCGCUAUUAGUUGAAGACUUUGUCGUCCCCGGGGACCAUGCCCCCUAUGGAGGCGAAGAGCCGCUUCCUAACGCGGUCCUGUUCAACGACGCCAUAAACACCAAGAUUAAAGUCAAGCCAGACACGACCUAUCUGAUCCAUGUCGUCUGUAUGGGGAACUGGGCAGGUCACGCCCUGGUCAUUGACGACCACGACAUGACCAUCGUCCGUGCGGAUGGCAUCGAGGUGGAACCGCAUCCCCUUGGACCGCAGUAUCUGCGUAUGACCGUCGGGCAGCGGAUCGACCUUCUUCUCACCACCAAGAAUGAUACCAGCAAAAACUAUGCGAUUUGGGAUGGUCUCGACAUUGACGAGAUGUUCGUGCAGGAGGCGAGAAGCAUGCCGGAAGGAUACAAUCCCAAUGGCACCGCAUGGCUCAUGUACAACGAAGACAUGCCCUUCCCACCGGCGCCAGAAAUCCACAUUAACAACGCCAGCUUGGAUUUCCUCGACGAUGUGACCUUGAUUCCCAGGGACCAUCUCCCGUUGAUCGACCCCAUUCAACAUCAGUUAAUUCUGGAUGUCUACUCGACCACGGUGGAUGGGAAGCCUGCUUACAGCAUCAACAACAUGACCUAUACCGCUCCAGACGUGCCCACGCUGUACACGGCCAUGUAUUCCAAUGAGGAUGAAUCCAUGGAUCCCUCGCUAUACGGCGACGUAAACCCUUUCGUUGUCAAUUACGGCGACGUCGUGGAGAUCAUCCUCAACAAUCAUCAUGACAACCUCCACCCAUGGCAUCUCCACGGCCAUGAUUUCCAGGUCGUCCAGCGAACCUACCCGUACGGUGGCUAUUUCAACGGAUACGGCAACAUUUCCGCUACACCAAUGCGUCGAGAUACCAUCAUGGUCGAGCCCGAGGGGCAUUUUGUCAUUAGAUUCCGUGCCAUGAAUCCAGGCAUCUGGAUGUUCCAUUGCCACGUUGAAUGGCACGUAGAAGUCCGUCUUAUGGCAAUUCUCAUCGAAGCGCCGGACCAGCUUCAGAACUUGACGAUACCGGAUGACCAUCUCGCGAUUUGCGGAAACAACAAGGCCAGUAACUGGGCUCCGCUGCCGGGUCCCCUAUGAUAGGCGGGCCAAUUCGGCAUCAGAACAUGCCAUCUGGUCAAAGACACGAAGUUAUGCAAUCUGAAUAACGCCGGCCUUGGAGCCACCGCACUUCCUGUCAACGUGAGCAUCUGGAGAGG